GCUUCAAACUCACAGAGAAUAAGCCUGUAAUGCCAACCAGGGAGAAAGAUUCCUCCUGCCUUCUGCCUCCCGAGCCCAGGGAUUAAAGUGUACGUCACCACGCCUGGUUUAUAAAGGAUGUUUUGAACACUGUUCUAUGCGUGCAAACGUUGUCGGCUCGCCAGAGACGCGGCUGUGUGCUCUUUUUUGUACCAGAAUCUCUCAUCGCAGUCACACCCAUUUCGCGGCAGCUGUGGAUCAUUUUAUAUAUUUUUAGUCAAGUCCAAAAGAAGUGACUCAGGUUUGUUUAGGUCCGUUCCCAAAGUGCUGCUUGCAUGUGGGAGGGGCAGACUCGGUGGGCGGUUUCCUGAAGGCAAAGUGAAAGGCUAGCUGGGGCCAGAGCGGACCGGCGAGAGUCUCGAGGCCCCGCCCUGGGCGGAAGGAACGGAACGUCUGGGACCUCCAGCAGCAGAGCCAGAUUACAUUGUGCACCCACCAUGAGUCUUAACAUCCAGUGUGAGCACCUGAGUGAUGCCAGGUGGACAGAGCUCAUUCCCUUGAUCCAGCAAUACCAAGUGGUCAGGUUGGAUGACUGUGGCCUCACUGAGCUGCGGUGCAAAGACAUCAGCUCAGCGAUCCAGGCCAACCCUACCCUAACAGAGCUCAGCCUCUGCACCAAUGAGCUGGGGGAUGCUGGUGUGUGCCUGGUGCUCCAGGGCCUACAGAAGCCUGCCUGUAAGAUCCAGAAGCUGAGCCUCCAGAACUGCAGCUUGACAGAGGCUGGCUGUGGGGUCCUGCCUAACGUGCUGCGCUCUUUGCCUACCCUGCGUGAGCUACAUCUCAGUGACAACCUUCUGGGGGAUGCAGGCCUGAAGCUGCUCUGUGAAGGACUUAUGGACCCCCAGUGCCGCCUUGAGAAGCUUCAGUUGGAAUACUGUAACCUCACAGCUACCAGCUGCGAGCCCCUGGCUUCAGUGCUCAGGGUGAAACCUGACUUUAAGGAGAUAGUGUUGAGCAACAACGACCUCCAAGAGGCUGGUGUCCAGAUGCUGUGCCAGGGCUUGAAAGACUCUGCCUGUCAACUGGAGUCACUCAAGCUGGAGAGCUGUGGUAUCACAUCAGCCAACUGCAGGGAUCUGUGUGAUGUCGUGGCCUCCAAAGCCUCACUGCGGCAACUGGACCUGGGCAGCAACAAGCUGGGUAAUGCUGGCAUUGCAGCUCUGUGCUCAGGACUGCUGCUCCCCAGCUGCAGGCUCAGGACUCUAUGGCUGUGGGAGUGUGAUAUCACUGCAGAGGGCUGCAAGGACCUGUGCCGUGUCCUCAGGGCCAAGCAGAGCCUGAAGGAACUCAGCUUAGCUGGCAAUGAGCUGAGGGACGAAGGUGCCCAGCUGCUGUGUGAGAGCCUGCUGGAGCCUGGCUGUCAGCUGGAGUCACUGUGGGUAAAGACCUGUAGCCUCACAGCUGCCUGUUGUUCCCACUUCUGCUCUGUGUUGACCAAGAACCGUUCUCUGCUGGAGCUGCAAAUGAGCAGCAAUCCCCUGGGGGACUUGGGAGUCCUGGAGCUUUGCAAGGCCCUGGGCCAGCCAGACACUGUGCUGCGUGUGCUUUGGCUGGGGGACUGCGACGUGACAGACAGUGGUUGCGGCAGCCUUGCCUCAGUCCUGCUGACCAACCGCAGCCUGCAGGAACUGGACCUCAGUAACAACUGCAUGGGUGACUCAGGAGUCCUGCAGCUGAUGGAGAGCCUCAAACAGCCCAGCUGUGCCCUCCAGCAGCUAGUCCUGUAUGACAUUUACUGGACGGGGGAGGUGGAAGACCAGCUGCGGGCCCUGGAGGAACAAAGGCCAUCCUUAAGGAUCAUCUCCUGAGAUGUGCACUUCUCUGGACACACAACAUUAAUCCAGCCCCAGGGGCAGCCAGCAGGAUCUCUGGCUCUAGGUGCCCUAGUGUUGACCGGAGGGAGAUAAGCAUUGUAAUCUUGUUUCAGCAGACAACUUUAUAGACACUUUAUAACUAUUAAAAUACUUUGUUGGCAAGAAAGGUCCUUGUCAUUCCUUGUGGU